UUGAGGCUGGUGGUGGGAGGAGCUGUAGGCCCACCGCUCUCCUCCCCCUCCCCCGGCAGUGUCCCCUUCCCUAGCAGCUUCCACGGGUGUCCCCCCUUCCUCCUGCACCCCCCGCAUGGUGUCCCGUAGUCACCCCUGCCUUGCCCACUACAGUGGCAGCGUGCAAAUAACAGGCCCCAGGCCGGCUUGGGGCCAGACCAGUGGUGGGGGCGGGGGGUUGUUUCCCAGCCGAGUUUUGAGAAGAGGGGAACAGAAAGUGCUGGCAGCGACAGAAGGCUGAGCCUAAGGCCCAGAGGCCCGCCCCCGGGGUGCCCUCGGCCCCCUCCCCGAGGUGCCUGGGGCAGGGCUGGCGCUGGGCGAGGCAAGUGAGGUGCUGCCCCCACCCCCUCAUCUAAGGGCCCGCGGUCAGCAAUCAGGGUAAACUGUCCUCCCGAGCAAUACACCGGAGACAAGGCAAGGUCCAGGAAGAUGGAAGCAGCAGUUAGACCACGGCGGCUGGUAGGACCAGCGCUCCUUUGCCUCAGGCUGAGGUGGGCGGUGAGGGAGCCCCUGCGCCCGCAGCAGCGGCCACGUCUCCCCGCGGAGAGCGCUGCUCCCCCCACCCCCACCCCGCGCCCAGCUGCGCCCAGAUUGUGAAAGCGAGGCCGGCCCGCCCCGCCUCUAGCCUCCCCUUCCAGCGCCGAGGCACCGCGGCUCCGGCCCUUCCAUCUUGCAGGAAGCCCCUCCCCACUCCGCUCCGCCCACCUCCCAGGUCCGGCUUCAGGGCUGCCUCCUUCUGGAAGCCUCCCGGUCCUGACCUGCCCUCCGUGAACCCCACGAGCCCUGGGAUCAUGAACAGCAGCAACUGCAGCUCCUGGGAGCCCCUAGUGGUCAAGGGAGUCUUGCUCACCUACCUGGGCGGGCUCCUGGCGCUCGGCCUGGUGCUCAACGGGCUGGCGCUCUGGGUGCUGUGCUGGCGCCUGCCGCGGUGGACGGAGACCCGCAUCUACAUGGCCAACCUGGCCGUGGCCGACCUCUGCCUGCUCUGCGCCCUGCCCUUCUUCCUGCACUUCAGGGAGACCUCCAAGGACACGCCGCUCUGCCAGCUCUCCCAGGCCGUGUACCUGCUCAACAGGUACAUGAGCAUCAGCCUGAUCAUGGCCAUCGCCGUGGACCGCUACAUGGCCGUGCGGCACCCCCUGCGCACCCGCAGGCUCCGCUCCCCCGGCCGGGCUGCUGCGGUGUGCGCCGCACUCUGGGCCGUGGUCCUCGGCUCCCUGGUGCUCCGCUGGUUCCUGGAUGUGCAGGACGGUGGCUUCUGCUUCGCCGUCCGCUCGGGGCGGAACACCUCCACCGGGGUCUUCUCACUGCUGGGCUUCUACCUGCCGCUGGCCGUGCUGGUGUUCUGCUCUCUGCAGGUGGUGACCGCCCUGACCCAGAGGCCCAAGGCCAACCCGGGCCAGGUGGAAGCCACGCGGAAAGCCUCUCGCAUGGUGCUGGCGAACCUGGCCGUCUUCGUGGUCUGCUUCCUGCCCUUCCACGUGGUGCUGACUGUGCACGUGGCCCUGGGCCUGCAGACCUGUGCCCUUAAGACGGCCAUCCAGAUCACCAGCAGACUCUCAGAUGCCAACUGCUGCCUGGACGCCAUCUGCUACUACUUCAUGGCCAAGGAGUUCAAGGAGGCGUCUGUGUCAACCACGUCCCUCAGAGCUGAGGCCCACAAGAGCAAGGACAGUCUGACUGUGACCUUGACCUAGGAGAUGAGCCAUGGGCUCCCCUGCGGGGGGACCAGUGACCAGAGACCAGCCCCACAGUCUGCCCUGAACUCGCUGUGGGCCGUGGGCUGUGGACACUCAGGAGGCUCAACUCAGCAGGACAACCUGGGCAUGGAGCCUGGGGAGGCACCACCCCCACCCCCAGGGCAGAAGAGAGGCAGGAUGAGGACAGGAGGACUGGGGCCUGAGCGGGGCCAAGCCCAGGGACCCUGCUGCGUCCAGAGCCUGGCACACCGGGGCCCUGGGAGGGGGGUGUCUGCCAGGUGCCUGAGGCUCUGGUGGCCAGCCUUCUGCUACUGCCCCACAGGGCCCAGAAUAAAGCUCUCCCCUGGGGCUCUGUGCCACCCA